UAAUUAUCUUUAUAAAAAAUAUAAUGAAGAUACAUGUAAUAUCUAUGAUAAUAAUGAAGAAAAAUCAUUUUUUUUAAAAAAACACAUUCUAAAAGAGACACAAAUGACUAUAAAACAAAAUGAACAAACAAACAAUCUUAUAGAACAAAAUAAUAAUAAUAAUAAUAAUAAUAUUAUGGGUCGACAUAUAAAUUAUAAUAUGGGCUGGGCACAAAACAUGGAACCUUAUAAAGAUAUAUUACAAAGAAAUGAACAGAAUUAUAUAAAUAAUACAGAUAAAAAGAUAGAAAAAAUGAAUGAUAUAAAUAAUAUACAUAUAAAUAAUAAUGCCUCUGUUUUUACUAAUAUGGAUAUACAUAAAAUUUAUUUAGAAAAUUAUAAUAAACAACUAAAAGAUGAUAAAGAAUAUAUGCAAAAAAAUAAUAAUAAUUUAUCUUCUAUAAUAUCUUAUGAACAAAAAGUUUUUAAUCACAAUAAUGAUGUGAUUAAAAUAGAUUCUUCAGAUGUAGCAUAUAAUAAAACACAACCUUUAUAUGAUAAUCUAAAUAAACAGGAGGAAUCCAUAUCCUCAAAUAUAUGUACAUCUAUUAUUAAUUUUAAUAAUGAUAAUAAAAAAAUAAAAGAACUAGAUAAUAUAGAGCCCACAAUAAAUAAUUUAGAAAGUAGUACAAAAAAAAAAAAAAUUAUUAGUAUGAAUAAAGAAAAUGACACCCUUGAAAUGAAUGAAAUGGAUGAAAUGAAUGAUAAUCAAAAUAAUGACAAUAAUAAUAAUAACAAUAAUAAUAGUAAUAAUAAUAAUAAUAAUAAUAAUAAUAAUAGUAAUAACAGUGGUGAUAAUAAUUAUUUUAACAUAUCUGAUGAAGAAAAUGAUUUUUUUCAUUCUUUUAUUUAUUUUAAUAAUUCUAGAACUUGUCAAAAUAACAAGACAUAUGAUACAAACCAUUGUAUCUACAAUCAUUGUUAUAAUAAUAUAAAUAAUGAUAAUGUGUGUAAAGAAAAUCUUUAUAGUGAUGAAAAAACAAAAGAUCUAAUGUGUGUAUUAAAAAAUAAGGUUUCAAAAAAAAAUAUUCCAGAUGAUGAGAAGAUGAAACAAUUUUUUUUUUUUUAUGAACAUAUGAAUAAUAAAAAUGUAGGAGACAAAUACGAAAAAGAUAAUAAAAAAAAACAUAUUCAUAUGAAUAAGAUACAACAAAAUGUUUAUUAUAAUAAGGAGAAGCAAAAAGAAAAUGGAUCGGCAUAUAAUAAUAAUGUGAUGAAUGACAAAAGAAAUAAAAUGGAUUCUUCAUAUGUAGCACCAAAUAUAUUUUUGAGAUAUAAAAAUGGUAAUAUUAAUAGGAAUGAUUAUGUGGAUGGUCAUAUGAAUGGUCAUAUGAAUGGUUAUGUGAAUGAUCAUAUGAAUGGUCAUGUGAAUGGUCAUAUGAAUGAUCAUAUGAAUGGUCAUAUGAAUGGCCACAUGAAUGAUGAUAUACCUUUUUAUAACAAUAUACAUGUUAAUAAGAUGCUGCAAAAAUAUUUAGAGCCACAAAAAAAGAGUGCAAAUAUUUUCGAAUCCCUUAAUUCUUUUAUAUACAACUUUAAGAAUAACGAAAAAAUUCACAACAUAAAAAAAAAAAAUAACAACAAUAUAAAUAUUAAUAGUAUUUAUAAUCUGCUUGAUCAGUAUGAUCAUGAGGAUGAGAUGGAGUUAAAUAAAUUGGAUAUUCAUAAAAAGAUAGAUAAUAAUAUAAAUAAAAUAAUUAACGAUACAGAUAAUAUUAAUGAAUUCAAAAAAGAUGAUCAUAAUAAACAUGUUGAUAAUAUAAAAAUAAAUAAUAUGAUACAUGAAAAAGAUAUUUACGAUGAUUUGAAUAAUUAUAAAAAAUAUAAUAAAAAAGAAACCAUGAGAAAAAACGAUGAAAGCAUUAACCUUAUUUCAUCUAAUGAUCAAAAUAAAAAUAACAUCAACCAUAUAAAAAAUAAUAAAUGUUAUUAUUAUAUGAUGGAUCCUUUUGUGUCUACAUAUACAAAAAAUGAUACCAUGAAAAAGGAAAAAAUGAUCCAUCCUCAAAUAAAUAAUAACAUGCAAGAUAACAAAAUAAAUAAUAAUGAAGAACAAAAAAUUGAUCUUAAUAAGGUAGAUGAAGAUAAUAUUAUUUUAACCAUUAUAUGGAAUAUAAAUAAUAUUUCUCUCUUAACGUGUAGUAACAAUAAUUUUGUUGUCUCACCAGAAUUUAAGACACAGACAAAAAUGAAGGAAUUCUUCAUACUAUUUAAUAUGAACAAUAAAAAUAAUGAGGACACCAAAAAAUGUGAUGACACCAAAAAUAAUGAGGACACCAAAAAAUGUGAUGACACCAAAAAAUGUGAGGACACCAAAAAAUGUGAAGACAACAAAAAAAGUGAUGACACCAAAAAAUGUGAUGACACCAAAAAAUGUGAAGACAACAAAAAAUGUGAUGACUCCAAAAAAUGUGAUGACAACAAAAAAUGUGAUGACAACAAAAAAUGUGAUUACACCAAAAAAUAUGAUGACAAUAAAAACAUUUUGGACACCAAAA